AUGCUUCUUCCUUUCUCUUCUUCUCUUUUUCUUUCUCUCUUCACACCUCGUUUUUUCUUCCUUUCUUUUUUCAAAUCUCUUUUCACCCUCUUCCUCCUUCCUUUCCCUUUUUCCAUUUUUUCUUUCUUCCCCUCCUCUGUUGCUUUGACUUUUUCUUUUCACUCUUUUUUCUUCUUUUCUUUCUUUUUCGUCUUUUCAUUUUUGUUCCCUACUUUCGUCCACUACAUGUUCUUUUUCUUUACUUCUUUUCUUUUCUUUCUUCCUUUUUUAUUUUACUCCCUCCAUUUUCCAUUCUUUUUUCUCCUCUUUUUCUCUCUUUUCUCUUCUUCCUUUUUUGAUCCUUUUUCAUUCUUUUCUUUCUUCCUCUUCUCACUUUUUUAUCUGCCUUUCUUUAUUCGAUUUUCAUUUUCUUCUUUUUACUUGUCUUUUUCCUCUUUUUCUUCACCAUUCUUCGCUUUUCCUCUUUUCCUUCUUCCUCUUCUUUUUUAUACUGUCUUUCUUUAUUCGUCAUUCGUCUGA